AAAGUAAAGUGGCGCUCUCUGUCAGUUAACGACGGUGAAGAACUCAACAAUUUACGCUAUCGAUAUAGUAGUCUCUCCAUGUUCUCAUGUUUGUCAGUAAGUAGUAGUAGACGCUGCAAGAGCAGCUGAGGUGCGAGAACGUCGUUGUCCGGUUUUGUUCCAAAGAAUCCUUCGAAAAUUUCACGUACCACGCGUGUUUUUGUGCUCAAUUGAAGGAUAAUCGACAGCCUUGUGAUAAUCAAACAUUCAGCGUAAUGUGACUGAUACCAAACGGCCUUGACGGGGCGGUAAAACAAAAUGCCCGUAUUAUCCGUUACGUAGAGGAUGGAAACCGGUCCGGAAUGGAGCAGCGUCCGCGUAUAAUAUGAGGAGGCAGAGCACGUCGUGACAUGGCAAGGACAAUAUGGAUUGUUCUGUGCCUGUUGGGCCUUUGGAAAAUCGCCGAGGGUUAUCUGGCGGUAUUAUCUUCGAACUUACCAACAGGAACCAUCGUCUUUGAGGCAGGUGUUCCUCAGCUUGGUGGUAGACGAAAGUACGAGGCAUCCAGCGACAGAACAGCUUGGUUCGCUAGGAAAUUACUUAAGGUGCAUCCUCAUAGUGGCCGGGUUACCCUUGCCAGGAGUUUAAACUGCGAUGGACUUCAGUAUCCUAGGCUCUUCACGUUUUACAUAGACUCGACCAGCUCCAGGCUUGGUCGACCCACUAUAGACUAUUACAGCCUACCUCUCAGGGUACUGAUAACGGGAUGUGGAGGAGAGAAUCAGGAUCUUGCAGCCACCAGGGGAUGGAUGGCCGAGACCCUGGCUUCCUACGCUAUGCCUAGUACUGAUAGGUUCACUGAGAUCUGUCUUAGAACUUCGCAACUGGUUGCGGCCCUCCGAGAUUUCCUGCCUUACACUGCCCUGAAAGAAUGCGAGACUCGAUGGGGAGGCGUAGCUGAUCCAAGAUUCUUAGUGGAAGGUGCUGGUGGUGACCUGGUAUCAGCAGCCGAACAAUGCCUUGUGGAUCCUUUGUGGAAGAUUUCAGUUUCUGUGAUGCUUAGAUGUGGAUCGCCCCACCUGGCAGAUGCUGAACAUAGACUUAAAAUUGUGUUUCACCAUCAACAGUUGGAUGACACUGAUCUGGGAAGAAGAGUCAGGAGAGAACUGAGGAAUCAGUCACCAUUCUUUGAACAAGCGUUGUACGUGGGCGCUGUUGAGGAAGAGAAGGAACCUGGUGUACCUGUGACUAUGGUCAGGGCGAGAGAUCCUGAGGGAGGUACAGUUAGGUAUUCCAUGAGCUCCCUCUUGGAUGCACGCUCUCAGAUUCUCUUUCAUCUGGAUCCCACGACUGGGAGAGUUGUGACCCAAGCUAAGCUAGAUCGUGAGAAUGUGGACGUACAUUACUUCCGGGUCCUGGCUGUGGACGAUUCCUUUCCACCGAGGACUGGAACAACCACCUUGCAGGUUAAUGUUUUAGACAUAAAUGAUCAUGCUCCCGGAUUCGAAUGGCCGGAAUACGAAGCAUCGGUCAGAGAAGGCGUACCUGUCGGAUCGACCGUCAUCGCUGUCAAAGCUACGGAUCAGGACGUGGGUAGAAACGCAGAAGUAGAAUAUGCAAUAGUCUCUACUACAGGAGGUGGCACUACGUCCCUUACUGAAGAUUCAGCGACCUUCAGGAUAGAUCCAAGAUCUGGAGUAGUCUCAACGAGGAUGUCUCUAGACAGAGAGAAGACUGAAGUAUAUACUAUUAUUUUGCAAGCCUCUGACCUUGCAACUCCUCCGUCGGCACGGAAGACCGCCUCGACUACCCUGGUAGUACGUGUCCUGGAUGAUAACGACAACUAUCCCCAAUUCUCCGAACGGACCUACUCCGUUGUCGUACCUGAAGACUUAGACUAUACGAAAAAUCCUGUUGUAGGGCAUAUCCGAGCUACAGAUGCAGAUGCUGGGUCAAAUGCUGCAGUGCGUUACGCCAUAAUUGGUGGAAAUACACAGAACACCUUCUCCAUAGACACUCUCAGUGGUGAUGUGACUCUAGUCAAACCCCUAGACUAUGAAUCAGCUCACAGUUAUCGCAUAGUAAUUCGAGCUCAGGAUGGCGGCUUACCAGCUAGAUCAAAUACUACUCAACUCCUGGUGCACGUUAAAGACGUCAAUGACAAUGAUCCCAGAUUCUACACCAGCCUGUUUCAGGAAGCUGUGUCUGAAGGCGUACCCAUUGGCUUCUCAGUACUCAGAGUCCAAGCCUAUGAUGCCGAUGAAGGACUAAAUGCCCAGAUAAAAUAUUCCAUCGGUGCCAGAGAUUUCUCAGGCGCCUCCACAGAACAUUUUCCCGUUGCUGUCAAUACAGAAACUGGAUGGAUUUAUACCACAAAACAAUUGGACCGUGAACAGUGUGCUAAAUAUCAAUUUACAACAAUAGCUAGUGAUUCCGGUGAUCCACCCAGAUCUGCAAGUGCUACAGUUAUCCUCACAGUAACCGAUAUCAAUGAUAACGAUCCUUACUUUGAUCCCAAGGAUUACGAAACAGUUGUUCCUGAAGACGUAGCUCCAGGUACUCCAGUAGCGUCCGUUACAGCAACAGAUCCGGACGAAGAUGCGAGGAUACACUAUGAUAUCACUGCUGGAAAUACUAGGGGAAGAUUUUCCAUAACUUCUCAAAACGGAAGAGGACUGAUUACCGUGGCGCAGCCGUUAGAUUAUAAACAAGAAAAAAGAUUUGUCCUGACUGUUACCGCUUCUGACUCUGGAGGUCGGACUGAUACUGCGCUAGUCUACGUUAAUGUGUCUGAUGCUAAUAAUUUUGCUCCUGUCUUUGAAAACGCACCUUACUCCGUUUCCGUUUUUGAGGAUGCUCCUGUAGGAACUACUGUCUUAGUAGUGAGUGCUACGGAUUCUGACGUAGGACAAAAUGCUCAGAUCACCUACAGUCUAGGCAAUGAUAGUGGAGAACAGGAAGCUUCGGAAUUUACUAUCAACCCUCAAACUGGCGCCAUCACCACGACCAAAACCCUAGAUCGAGAGCAGGUCUCUGGAUAUUUAUUAACUGUUACUGCACGGGAUGGUGGAGUGCCGUCAUUAUCAGAUACAACGGAUGUAGAGAUAUCUGUAACGGAUGUCAAUGAUAAUGCACCUAUAUUUGAAGCCCUCCAAUAUCAAGGUUCAGUCCUAGAAGAUGUUCUUGUUGGCACCAGCGUCCUUAGGGUCGCAGCUUCCGACUCGGAUAUGGGUUUAAAUGGCAAGGUUAGGUAUACUCUAGAAGACGACGGCGAUGGAGCUUUCGUAAUUGAUCCUACCACAGGUAUUGUCAGAACUGCAAAAACUUUAGAUAGAGAAUCUGUAGCCAGGUACGUCCUGAAGGCUGUAGCUGUUGACACGGGAUCUCCAUGUUUGUCGUCUGUGGUACCUAUUACUAUUAAAAUUGAAGAUAUUAAUGAUUCUCCACCUGCCUUCGAAAAUGACAAGAUCACUAUGUACAUUGCUGAGAACUCUCCAGUUGGUUCUACCGUUGGAGAAAUUUAUGCUCAUGAUCCUGACGAAGGACCAAACGCCGAGGUACAAUAUUCUAUCAUUGGUGGCGAGGAUGCUAAUAGUUUUGCUUUGAAUACAAGGCCAGGAGCAGAUCGGGCUGAAUUAAUCACCCUGGAGGAAUUGGAUUAUGAAUCUCCGAAGAAGAGGUUUGAGAUCUUCGUACGAGCUGCAUCGCCACCCUUGAGAUCCGAUGCCCUGGUUCAGGUUAUGGUUACUGAUAUCAACGACAAUGCUCCGGUUCUCAAGAACUUCCAAAUCAUCUUUAACAACUUCAAGGAUUUCUUUCCUAGUGGACCAAUUGGGAAAAUUCCAGCUGUCGAUGCGGAUGUCACUGAUAAACUGGUCUACAGUAUCCUGGCAGGAAACAAUGCUAAUCUUAUUGCACUGAAUAAGACUUCCGGGGAAAUCUGUCUGUCUCCGCAAUUGAAUACAAACGUUCCCAGAGUGGCUACCAUGGAAGUGUCUGUAACAGAUGGUGUAAAUGAGGCCAAGGCCACCAUGACCUUAUCAGUGAGAUUAAUUACUGAUAAGAUGCUCUUCAAUUCCAUCACGGUAAGACUGGAUGAUAUGACUGUGGAAGCAUUCCUAAGUCCGCUUCUUGGUUACUUCCUGGAUGGUUUGGCAGCUAUUAUACCGUGCCCAAGAGAGAAUAUCUUUCUCUUCAGCGUUCAAGAAGAUACCGAUGUUAGUGGAAAGAUUCUCAACGUCAGUUUUUCGGCAAGAAAAGUCGAACCAGGCGGAACGGAUGAAUUCUACACACCACAAUUCCUACAAGAAAGAGUCUAUUUGAAUCGAGGUAUCCUGGCACGACUUGCUACGGUGACUGUACUCCCUUUCGAUGAUAAUUUAUGUGUGCGUGAGCCCUGCCUAAAUUUUGAGGAAUGUGUUACUGUCCUAAAGUUUGGUAAUGCCUCUGGAUUUGCAAGCAGCGAUACAGUACUGUUCAGACCAAUAUACCCAGUAACAACAUUCUCAUGUAAAUGCGCUAAAGGAUUUACAGGAAGUCGAGAAGCAUAUCUCUGUGACACCGAGGUCAAUCUUUGUUACUCUAAUCCUUGUAAGAAUGGCGGCACCUGUCAAAGAAGAGAAGGCGGUUACACAUGCACCUGCAGUCUCGGCUUUACAGGUGAUAGUUGUGAAAUAUCUAUGGACAAGGAUACCUGUAUUCCUGGACUAUGCAAAGGCGGAUCUCAAUGCCUUACCAAGACUACUGGUGGCUUCAUUUGUGAAGCUUGUCCUGUGACGGCUUCGGAAAACGUCACUCCACUCUGUGAGUUAAGAUCACGAAGCUUCGGACCGGCCACCUUCCUUACAUUUCCAUCCUUGAAGCAGAGACACAGACUUCACUUGAGGCUGAGAUUUGCUACUGAAUCAACUGAUGGACUUUUACUUUACAAUGGAAGAUACAACGAGAAACAUGACUUUGUAGCUUUGGAAAUAAUUGACUCACGAGUUCAGUUUAGCUUCUCUUUAGGGGAUGAAGUUACCAGAGCCUUAGCUAGUAUUCCAGGGGGAGUGUCUGAUGGCGAGUGGCAUGAAGUUCAAGUAUCUUAUAUCAACAAAACCGUCACCAUAUCUCUGGAUGAUUGCGACAUAGCCCUGGCACUGGCGUAUGAAGAGAAACUUGGUAAGAAAUGGGCCUGUGCAAGUAAAAGUGAACAAAUAUUGGAACCACGUUGUAGUGCAGUAACAGAAACAUGUCAUCGUUUUCUGGAUUUAACGGGGCCACUUCAAUUAGGUGGUCUACCAGCUAUACCAUCAAGUUUUCAAAUUAGAAACAAGGACUUUGUUGGCUGCAUAAGUGAUCUCUACAUAGAUCAUAAAUUCGUAGAUUUGAAUUCCUUUGUCGCUGACAAUGGUACCACAGUUGGUUGUCCUGAGAAGAGAUCAUUCUGUGAGUCUAUGCCUUGUAAACAUAAUGGAAUAUGUCGUGAAAUGUGGUCUAGAUACGUUUGUGAAUGCGAAGAGGGCUUUGCAGGACCUCAAUGCAUCGAAGAAAUUGAGAAGCCAUGGCAUUUCCAAGGAAAUGGUUUACUCAGUUUUAAUCCUCUGCUAAAAUCUAUACAACUACCCUGGGUAACUGCUCUCAGUCUAAGAACACGAGAGAGGAAUACGUUUGUUAUGAGUAUCCAGAUUGGUCAAAAUAGCUCAGCCAUGUUGGAUAUUAGAGAUGGUAAACUACAUACAACUUUUGACGGUACAGAUAUUAUUCAGACUUGGACCGACAUCGCCGAUGGAGAGUGGCAUAGGGUAGAAAUUAUCUGGCAAAGUGGACAUGUUUUUUUGGAUAUGGAUUAUCGUAACAGACCAAUAACUAGGCCAUCACCAGCUAAACUGCAAAGAUCAUUUGUCGGUAGAAUCCUGGUAGGAGGUCUUGAUCAGGCUGGAAUCACAGAUCAACCGUUUUUCAAUGGAUGCAUUCAAGACAUACGGAUUGGUACUAAUCAAAGUACCCUUCAGCAACCUACUGUUCAAGAGAAUGUUGCAUCCGGAUGCACCUCUGAUGGAGAAUGCACUAUUGACUGUCCUGAUACUUCAACUUGCAUAGCAAAAUGGGAAUCAAGUGAAUGUGUGUGCUCAGCUGGUCGAGUUGGUCACAACUGUGAACCCGUCUGCGAACUCAAUCCUUGCAGCGAUGAAGGUACUUGUAUUGAGGAUGCUGAAUCUCAUAAAGGAUACAAGUGUGAUUGUAACUCUGAAGAGUAUUCUGGAGAGUAUUGCGAAAUAAAAGCUGACCAACCUUGUCCAGCUACAUGGUGGGGAUCCCCUGUCUGUGGUCCGUGUCACUGUGAUGAGUCUAGAGGUUACAACCCAGCAUGCAACAAGACAACUGGUGAAUGUUAUUGCAAAGAAAAUCACUAUCAGCCUCCAGGUCAGAAAGAGUGUAUCCCUUGUGAAUGUUAUAUGACUGGAAGCUACGGUCCUAGAUGUGAUAUCGAAACUGGGCAGUGCAGAUGUAGAGCUGGUGUCAUUGGAAGAUCAUGCACUGCUUGUCCUAAUUCUUAUGCUGAAGUUACUCUUCGAGGAUGUGAGGUUGUGUAUGAUGGGUGUCCAAGAUCUUAUUCUGAAGGACUUUGGUGGCCAAGGACCAAAUUCGGAAUGACAGCUAUUGAAGAUUGUCCUGGGAAUGCUGAAGGUCAAGCCUCCAGGUCUUGUGAUGAUAAACUAGGUGGUUGGCAACCUCCGGAUCUCUUCAACUGUACAUCUGAAGCUUUUGUCGAACCCAGACACCAGUUGGCUGCUUUGGAAACAGAUGACUUGUCUCUGAACACUUACGUAGCUGUGAAAAUGGCUACAGAAUUGCACAAAGCGACUAAUAUUACCAAGUCUAUGUAUGGUGCUGAUGUACUCGUAGCUGAAUGUUUACUUGUUGCUCUACUUCAAUACGAGGAGAGUCUAGCUGGUCUGAAUUUAACUCAUAGUCAAGACAAGGACUAUGUUUCGCACCUGGUUGGCAUAACUGGUGCUGUACUCAGUAAGAAGCACUUACAAAAUUGGGAAAGGAUUGAAACUCUAACUGGAGACGGUCCCGAUAAAAUUUUAGAUGUGAUGGCCACUUACCUGAAGACACUAACUGCUUCGCAGCAUGAUACAUACACCAGUCCCUUCGAAGUUGUAGAUCCAAAUAUUAUACUGGGUCUAGAUAUUGUAACAUCAGAAAGUCUCUUUGGAUAUGAGCUAGUUGAAUACAAGGAAGAUCUCUCACUCUCUACUGCUAGACCAUCUGAGGCAGAUAAAAAAGUUAUUCUGCCUGACACAUCAACCUUCUUAAGUUCUCCAGCUCAUCUAGGACCGUCGAUCAGUUUUCCAAAAUAUAACAAUUAUAUGCCAGAUACAAACAGAUUCGAUAAAUAUUCAAAAAUUCAAGUGCCAUUAAAUCUUCUGGGAAUCAAACCUCCAGCAAAUGAUGAAUUAAAUGUGAAAAACAGUUUGAACAAUCGUAAGGCUGUUUUGAGUUAUGUGCAAUAUAAAGAACUCGGAUCAUUGCUACCCAAAAGAUACGACGAUUCCGUAGCAAUGAGAUGGGGCGUCGAAAUAGCUGUAGGUUCACCCGUUGUAACGGUGUCCGUCCUAGUGCCAUCAGAAAACGGUUAUGAAUCCUUAACAGGAAUUCCUCUACAAUCUCCUGUUCAGAUAAGAUUAUGGCUCAGCGAAAAUGAUAGUUUCAAGACAAGAACCAAUCCACAGUGCGUACAUUGGAGCACUGCCAGAGGAAUUGGCGAGUGGAGUCGAUUGGGCUGCACAACAGAAAUAGAUGACACAACUUUAACUCCAGAUUCGAUAGUAAAUUGUUCCUGUCUACAGUUGGCAACAUUUGCCGUCCUAACCGAUGUCCUGGACCUUGAAUACGUGCCAGAGCCAUCCCUUCUGGAAGACGUGACGAGUUACAGUGCAUUCGUACUUGCCUUACCGCUAUUACUCUCAGCACUACUUAUACUGGCUUUGAUUCGUGGUGGCUGUACAAAUUCCAACAGCAUCCACAAAAAUCUUGUGCUUUGCGUCUUCGUCGCAGAAUUACUAUAUCUGAUUGCAUUAAAGGCCAGGAAUCCACUAGUAUCAAAUGAGUUUCCAUGCAAGCUUACAGCCAUAGGACUUCACUACGCUUGGUUAAGUACUUUUGCCUGGACCCUCGUGGAUUCUGUGCAUUUGUACAGGAUGCUCACUGAGAUGAGAGAUGUUAAUCACGGUCAAAUGAGAUUCUACUAUACCAUGGGAUAUGGAAUUCCAGCAAUUAUCGUAGGACUGACCGUUGGCGUUAGAGCUGAUCAAUAUGGAAACUUUUACUUUUGCUGGCUUUCCAUUUAUGAGCCUGUAGUCUGGUCUCUAAUAGGACCAGUAUGCGCAGCAGUUUUAAUAAAUCUAUGCAUCCUGAUAAUGUCCGUCCGUGCAGCAUUCACACUAAAGGAACAUAUUAUGGGUUUUGGUAAUUUAAGGACGCUUUUAUGGUUGUCUGUGGCAUCCUUACCACUACUGGGCACAACCUGGUCUCUAGCUGUUCUAAAUGCAUCAGAGAAUUCGCCAAUGCUGUCGUACCUAUUGAGCAUAGCUGUCCUGAUGCACGCCGCAUUCAGUCUAAUUGGCUAUUGUUUCAUUAAUGGUCGCGUCCGGAGGAAUUUGUACAUGAGUCUAUUAAGAUGCGUGGGUAAAAAGACGCCUCUAUUAGAAGGAAGCAUGGCGAACGGUAGUAGCAGUCAGAAUGUCAAUGGCCACUCGCGUUCGGCAUUAGCAUACUCAUCGGCGUACAGCGGCGCUGAAUCCUCGUGCAGACGUGUACACGUAGGUGUAUCGACCAGCAGCACCACUUCCAGGAGUACCAAUAAAACUGGUUCCAGUCCAUACCGUAGCGAUGCUCAUCUUAGACACACGUCAACCUCCACCAGUAAUUAUAAUAGUGACAGGGAUCCGUAUAUGUCAUCCAGGAGUCGUCAUUCUACCUUACACGCGAGACAGGAUGUUAACGUUCAACGCGAACAACGUAGGGAUUCAGAAUCAGACUCUGAUGGUUCUCAAGCGGAUGGCGGUGGAAGGAGCUUAGACCUUGCCAGUUCUCAUAGUUCCGACGAUGAGGACGUUACCUCCAGGUCUCAUAAGAAUAUGGGCGUCUCCACGCAGCAACCUGUGACCCACAGUUAUUUGCCAAACAUACACAGCAACCCCGCUGAACACUUGAAUAUACUUUGCUCAAAUUCGGAACUGUUUCCGAAUAUAAAACCGAUAUAUGCACCCAGAUGGAGCUCGCAAUUACCGGAAGCGUAUUUACCAUCCAACGAUGUACGCGGUAGUCAAUGGUCGGGCGGUACGAUAUCUGACAACGAAAUGGCCUCGAAUAAGACAUCGAGUCCUAAUCCUCUGCCUUAUCCGGACAUUAAUUCACCCCAGAAGAAUCAUCCUGAUGACAAUUACUCAGAGGGUGAAGAAAAGCUUCAUCAUAUAGGAGAAAAUAGUUCUGAGCGAUAUGGAAGUCUGAAGAGGGGUCAGACUCUUCAUGGCUCUCAGCACGACACCCUCAGCGGCUCUGAACGAUACGGUAGCCUCAAGAGAGGUAAAGUAACCCCGAGUGUCCUCGAGGAUGCUCCUGACUACAUACUACCGAUGAGUGCAAGGAUAUUGUCCAGCUCGUUGACACAUGAUCUGCAACACAGCAACGAAUUGGCGGCACUCAGACAACAGCAGCAACAACAACCACAACAACAACAAUACGAACAAACCAUUACCGAGACUGAGAAGGAUACUAACGCGGAAACGUCUGUUUGACAAUCCACGUCCACAAGGAACCGUACAAAGUAACAGCAUAGACUUUAGUAGCCAUUUAUCUAUGAACGAGUACAAAAAGUAAUAUUCGUUCGUAUAUUUUAAGCAGCGGCCAUGACUGUACUUACGCGAAAAGGAAAGAAAGGAAAAAGAGGAAAAAACGUAGCCAUAUUGAUUAGCGUGUCUGUGUGAGUGCCUGUUCAUAUAUGCCUACAUCGAGUUAGGUCGAUUGUUUCGUUUAAAACGAUUUAGCUUGAAUCUUUUUUUAUUCUUUUUUCUUUUGCUAUUUAAAUAAAAUAAUCGGGUUCGUUCGCUGAUUGUCGUGUUAUUAUAGGUAUGCAUAAAUAUUACGUGUGUAUAAUGACGCGUGAAGAAAACAAGCAAACAAAAAACCAGUGACUGAUAACGACAAUCAUUGUCGAUCGGUAUUCAACCCUUAAAUGAUGAUCUCUAAUUCAUUUUUCAUCGAUCGUUGUACUUUAAUAUCAUUCCAAUGUACCUUAUUUCCAUCGUACUCAGUAUUGUGCAAUGUAUACAUUCCAACCUUUAUUUAAAUUUAUAAUUAGAAUUAUUGUUUGUACUUCUCUCUCUCUCUCUCUCUUCACUUUUUUUUAUGAUUUUAUAUCGACACUUUUUACAUGCCAAGAUUAUAUAAUAAUUGUAAGUCCAGACAUAAUAUCAUAUGACGCAAUACUCAAACUUUUGUAUAUAUUUAUAUGAAGAAUCAUGACAAAAUACAUAAUUUAUAUACCCUUAA